AUGGAGAGAAUUCUCCCCUCAGAACUUACUUUAGAAAUACUUUCUCGUUUACCCACUAAAUCAGUCCUACAAUGCAGAGAAGUGUGCACAGGGUGGAGAGACCUAAUUGGUCAUCCUUCUAAUGCUCAUAUGCGCUUGCAGCCAUUAUCACAAUUUAACGGUAAUAGUUUCUCAAGUCUUUCUUCUCAUACUGUUGCUGAUGUUGGCAUUGGCUUACUUUUUAGCUUUCUAUUUCCACCGGAAAACGGCUAUCAAUUUUACUACGGAGAGUAUCAGAACCAGCAUAAUUAUAAACUUAAAAGGAUCACCCAGCCUCCCAUUGUUAGUAGGUCAGUCGUUGGUUCAUGUAACAGUUUGAUUUGCUUUUCUGUAGCCAAUCGUUUCGGUGUCCAUGAACCUAGCUAUAUUUGCAACCCUGUCACUGGUGAGUACGUAAACUUUCCAAGGCUGAAUGUUAAAGGAGAGAGCGAAUUUGAUGCUAUGGUUUGUGGUUUUGGUUACCAUCCUUCUACUAACAAGUACAAAAUAGUGAAAUUAUGCUAUGUACGGAACCAACCAUUAGGGCAGGUCAAAGUAUACACACUAGGGAGUGGCACUGGUUGGAGAGACAUGGGAGAAACCACAUGCUCAUUGCGACCUACUGGGGAGACUUUUCGAGGUAUUAUUAAUCAUCGAUCCCCAUUUGGUACGUUGGCAAAUGGAGCGCUUCAUUGGAUUAACGAGGAAAACAAGAUUGUGUCCUUUGAUUUGGCUAACGAGAACGUAUACUUGCUCCCAUCACCACCUUUUGACCGGCCUAUACUUAUGGGGGACUGUCUCAAACUUGUGUCACCGGGGGGACGCUUGUGUUUUGUUCAUUCAACGCAAGCAGGAAUUGACAUGUGGUUCUUAAAGAAGAAAGGGGAAAGCAUUAGUUCUGACAUGAAUGAGCAGGACGAUUACGACUCGUUGAACUGGAUUAAGGACUUCAGCAUACCAAUUGGACCUGAAGCAGAGCCGUGUGCCCUUACAAAUGGUGGUGUCGUGCCAAUGGUUUUAUGUGAGAUUUCAAAACAUGAACAGGAGAAAAUGAACAUGAAAAAGUGGAGCUUUUAUUCAGAAUUUUAG